AUGAAUGGUGGUCGUCUGGCCUUCAUGGCCGCUUCUGGAAUCGCCUUCUUUGCAAAAGGAACGAACGCACACGGUGGAGAUAUGUCGAAAAUCCAAGAUGGAGAUGCUAUGAGCGUAGAACCUAUCGAUUCGACAUUAUGGGUUCAUAUUUUACUGCAGAUGUUGGCCUUUGGCAUUAUCUUUCCGACCGGAAUGGUUCUUGGAGUAGGGGACAGAAAAUGGCAUGUUCCCGUCCAAAUAUUAGGAACAGUUAUCGCAGUGGUGGGAUACUUCUUGGGCCAUCUUCACGGAGGACGAGUUUUUGCAAAGAACGUUCAUUCAGCUUUCGCCAAUAUCCUGAUGCUUAUGCUUGCCGUUCAGGUCGUUUUCGGCAUUUAUCUUAAGUUUCACAUCACCAAAGGUUUUCACGGAAAGAUUCGAAAAGUUGCGGUUCAUGGUCAUGGAAUUGUUGGAAAGGCGAUGCCAGUCGUAGCUUGGGUACAAAUGCUUUUCGGUGGUAUUGCAGCUUUGGGUUUCUGCCGUGAUGAUCAUCUUGGCCAAUGUCUUGCACACUUCAUCAUGGGCAGUGCAUUUAUCGGUUAUGGUAUUCUGCUCACGAUUGUCAUGCUCGUCGGACAAGUUUGGUUGAGAAAAACCGGACGAUCCCAAGAAUUCUUCGAUUCGGCAGUUAUUGCAGCUUGGGGUUGUGUCAACACUUUCACCGAACAUAGAUGGGGUGGUGCUUGGGUUGCAAAUGAUAUUCAACACACUACUAUGGGAGUCAUCUGGUGGGCUGCUGGUUUGGCAGGAAUUUGGUUGAGCAGAAAGAGAGAUGGUUCCCCAAAGAGAAAUUUUAUUCCUGGAUUUGUCAUCCUCAUCACCGGAUGGGCUAUGUCGGGUCACCCACAACAUCUUCCACUCAGUACGAUGGUUCACAGCGUUUUUGGAUAUACUUUGAUGGCUGCUGGACUUUCGAGAAUUAUUGAAAUCGGAUUUCUCUUGAGAGACAAGGCUACACUCUCUGAGGAUGGUGAUGUUAACAGCUUUCAAUAUGUCCCACCAUUUUUACUCUACGCAUCAGGUUUCUUGUUCAUGGGAGCUACCGAGGAACAAAUGAGACUCAUCUCGGAUGCAGGAAUCACUCACGUAUCCUACGUACUUGUGCUAUACAGUUUCGCCUUCCUCAUUUUCUUAUUAACCAACGUAUUGGUUCAUAUCUAUGCAGUCAACAGCAGCGCGCCCGCGGUACCACCAAAGGAUGGGGAAGGAGUUCCAGCCAGGAUCCCACGUAUGAAUGGACACACUCACACAGAUUCAAGGCAGAUUCGUGAUGCGGAAGAGUUUGAAUUAGAGGGGUUGAUGAGUGAUGAUGAAUCGCCGGAGAGCCCGAGCACUUUAGGAAAGAACAAUGAGGCUCGAGUAGCUUAA